UAUAUAUUUUUUUGUUUUCCUUUGCAUAGAUUUUCACACGCGUAAACAUUGGUUCAUCAGUGUGAAUGUUUCGUUUAUGUAUAUAUAUUAUAGAAUCAGUGUACGAUGCGGCUUGCAUUUUUAAUUAUUACAGCACACAUUCUCGUCAUCUCUGGCUAAGUUCUUGCGCCGACUUGGUCUCUUUGGUCCGUUAUUCCAGCGAGCGAAGUCGUACAAGAUUGGUCCUCGGUUGUCGAAUCAAGUGAUUUUACACUUUCUCUGUGAUAAGCUGCCAAUCAUAGCCGUGUGUUCUGACCGGAAAGAAGGGGUUUGCUAGUGAUCUUCGCGAUCAGGUGCUUUAGUCAUCGGUGCAUUUGACUAGGAUGUGUUCAAGGAUAAUUUUAAUGCAAUUUGCCGUUCUACUGUUCAUCAGUUUAUGUCAUCGAUGCGUGAGUAAAGAAGAUAAAACACCUCUGGUGUUCACAGUGGCUAGCGAAGAGACUGAAGGAUAUUCGCGCUACAUACGAUCAGCGAAAUAUUAUGGAAUUGAGGUAACGACGCUUGGUUUCAAGAAACCAUGGCUCGGUGGAGACAUGAAACGACUCGGAGGAGGAUACAAGGUGAAUCUACUCCGGGAUGCGCUCAAACCAUACAAGGCGGAUGGCGAUCGGAUUGUUAUUUUCACCGAUAGCUACGAUGUGAUCUUCAUGGCAUCGUUAGAGAAAAUCGUGGAAAAGUUUAAAACAUUCCAGGCUUCCAUUCUGUUCGGCUCCGAAGGGUUCUGUUGGCCGGAUACAGACUUGAAAAGCAAGUAUCCUGCAUUGGAAGGACGCGGAACUCGCUUCCUUAACUCAGGCCUGUUUAUCGGAUAUGCUUCGAAGGUGUAUCAAAUGUUAAAAACACCACUGAAGGACACAGAGGACGAUCAGCUGUACUACACAAAGGCUUAUGUGAACAAACAGUUGAGAGAGGAACUUAACAUUAAACUCGAUCACACCGCCGCGCUGUUUCAAAAUCUGAAUGGCGUAGAGGAACAAGUCACUCUGGUUUUGGAUCCGGACACUAAGGAAGCGUAUCUGAAGAAUAUCGAAUAUUCGACGGUGCCAAUGAUUGUUCAUGGUAAUGGUCCCAGUAAACUCACGCUGAAUGGUUACGGAAACUAUCUCGCAGGUGCGUUCAUCGACGGAGAGUGCAAAACUGUUAGCGAAAAUAUGUUAGACAUGGAUGAGAGCAAUCUUCCAUCCGUCAUGGUGGCUCUUUUCAUAGAGAGAGCUACCCCCUUCAUUGAGGAAUGGUUCGAUAAAAUUUCACGCAUCAACUAUCCGAAGAAGAAAAUUGAUCUUUUCAUCCACAACAAUGUUGGAUAUCACAAGGAUACAAUCGAUGGAUUUAUUGCGAACCAUACAAACACGUUCCGAUCAUUCCGAUUGGUUGACUAUAAUGAUGAUUUCGAAGAGCUAGCUGGACGAUCACUGGCUGUUAAUCUAUGCGUCAAAAAGGAAUGCGACUACCUGUUCGUUGUGGAUUCUGAUGGGCACAUCGAUCAUCCGGAUACACUUCGGAAGCUUAUUUCAUUGAAUAGAAACGUUGUAAGCCCUGUUUUGACGCGUCCAGAGAAAGUGUGGAGCAAUUUCUGGGGAGCUCUCAGUAGCCAAGGUUUCUAUGCUCGUUCCAGUGAUUAUAUGGACAUCGUCGGAAGGAAGCUUUUGGGCAUUUGGAAUGUACCCUAUGUAUCGACCGUUUAUCUCAUGAAAAGUGAGGUGCUUCCGAAAAUUAGCUACGAGCUAAAUGGCACAGAUCCGGAUAUGGCGUUAUGUUGGAAUAUGCGCAGCAAAGGAAUCUCUAUGCAUGUUGUUAAUACGGAGGAGUUUGGACAUCUUAUCGACACCGAUUAUUUUGACGCCACCAAAACACAUCCUGAUUUCUAUCAACUGUUCAAUAACAAGUAUGACUGGGAGCAGAAAUAUAUUUCCGCAGAGUAUCACAAACAAUUGGAAAAGGAUCACGUUCCUCAACAACCAUGUCCCGAUGUGUAUCGGUUUGCGAUCGGUACGGAUAAAUUCAGCGAUCAUUUAAAGGAAAUCGUGGAAGCUUUUGGACAAUGGUCUGAUGGAUCAAAUGUUGACAAAAGACUCCAGGGUGGUUAUGAGGCCGUUCCUACAAGAGACAUUCACAUGAAUCAGGUUGGCUUGGAAUCAGUGUGGCUAAAGUUCUUGCAGCUGUAUGUUCGUCCUCUGCAGGAGAAAGUUUUCAUCGGUUAUUUUCAUGAUCCUCCUCGAUCCCUAAUGAACUUCGUCGUCCGCUAUAGACCUGAUGAGCAGCCCUCGUUGAGGCCACAUCACGACUCAUCAACCUACACAAUUAACAUAGCGCUGAAUCGUGCUGGUAUCGAUUACGAAGGCGGUGGUUGUCGGUUUUUGAGAUAUAAUUGUUCGGUGAAGGAUACACGCAAAGGGUGGAUGUUGAUGCACCCGGGUCGUCUGACGCAUUACCACGAAGGAUUGACGACCCAAAAAGGAACGAGAUACAUUAUGAUUUCCUUCGUAGAUCCGUAAACCAACACAAGCAUUGAAUACUCUCAAGAGAAUAUCUUAUUUGUUUAGGUCCUUCUAUAAUUACGUGCCAUUUAGCUACAUAUGUGUCAUCGCGUAAGUCGCUUCGCUUGUGACGAAAUUUUACAUUAUUUUGUACGAAAAAGUAACUCACGAAUAAAUAUAUACUUUCGUUGUUUUUUCGCAAAAUAACAAUCCCGAUGAACAAAA